UGUUUCGGUUUUGGGGAGUUGCGGUCUAUUUGCUUUUUAGCCCGGUCUGAUCCGGUACGGUUCUGGGGAGUUGCGGUUUGUACGUUAACCGAAGCCCGGGAAUCCUCCAUUCCACUCCAAUGCGACCAGUUCGGCUGCCGGCUUUUGCAGUUGGUUCCACUGGUUCGCCGGAGAAAACCUCCGGCGUUAUCAGACGAGCACUUGUGGUUGGAAACGGUUGCGCCGGUGCGGAGAACCAGUGUAUCGGCCUUGUUCGUGCUCUAGGCCUCGCCGAUCGCUACAUCUUAUAUAGAGUCACUAGGCCACGAGGAGGUAUCAACAGGUGGCUUCAAUGGCUUCCGAUCUCUCUCCACAAAAGACUCGAUUGUGUAAUUGGCAAAAUUCGCGCUGGAUUCGCCAAUAAAGCAAAGGACACAAUCGUUUAUGCGGAUGGAAGAUCCGGUGGAAUGUUGGGCGUUUUUCCGGAAGCUGAUGAGAAGCAGAUUGCUGCCAUGGCUCGUAGUACGUUCGACAAGAAUGGCCCCUUGUUAGUGGUGGCAUCUGGUCAUGACACCAUUUCUGUUGCAAGCUCCAUUAAACGACUAGCUCGGGACAAUGUCUUUGUUGUUCAGGUGCAACAUCCUAGGUCAAAUCUUGAGAGAUUUGAUCUAGUGAUUACACCUCGUCAUGAUUAUUACCCUUUAACUCUGGAGGGGCAGAGGCAAAUUCCCACUUUUCUUCGGGCAUGGGUAACUCCACGUGAACCUCCCGGUAGAAAUGUGUUUCUGACCGCUGGGGCUCUCCAUAAGGCUGAUUCUUCUGCCCUAAGAAGUGCAGCUUUGGCAUGGCAGAAUGAGCUGAUUCCGCUACCGAAGCCUUUGGUUGUGGUCAAUAUUGGAGGACCUACAAGAAACUGUUUUUAUGGUGUUGAUCUUGCGAAGCAGUUGUGUGCUAUGCUUCAAAGUGUCCUCUGGAGUUGUGGAAGCGUAAGAAUUUCUUUCUCAAGAAGGACACCCGAACAGGUAUCAGAAAUUGUAAUUAAAGAAUUUAGCUUGAAUUCUAAGGUCUACAUUUGGAACGGCCAAGGACCUAACCCACACAUGGGUCAUCUAGCAUUGGGGGAUGCUUUUAUUAUAACCGCUGACUCAGUCAGUAUGUUGAGUGAGGCAUGUAGUACUGGGAAACCGGUGUAUGUUGUGGGGGCUGAGCAGUGCACGUGGAAAUUUGCAGACUUCCAGAAGACCCUCCAUGAAAGAGGAGCUGUUCGUCGGUUUACUGGCAAAGAAGAUAUAUCUAAGAGGUGGAGCUAUUCUCCUCUCGACGAUAACAAAGUAGCUGCAAGACGGGUUCUCAAGGAUCUUGCCAAGCGCGGAUGGACAGUCAAGACAUGACUACUCCACUUGGAGUUAAUGUUCUUUCUUAUUGUGUGGCAUGCGGAAAUCGAACUCGUGGAUGUAGGUUUGGCUCAGAGCAGGUAAGCCCCCCCUGUAAGAACAAAUUUUUGCAGGGUUUUUGCUUAUGUAAAAUGCUAUUGCAUAGCAAUGGAGAAUUAUAUGGUUUAUGAAUCAAAGUGAAUAUAUAUAUAUAUAUA